AGAAAUGAUUGAUAAGCUCUUCCUCUUCUUCACAUAUACGCAGUAGUUUUUGUUUUUCAUGCACUGAUCACCAAAUCCUCUCUCUCUCUCUCUCUCUCUCUCUCUCUCUCUGGAGACCAGAAUCAAACGCCUUCUCUCCCUUUCUCUGUCAGCGAAGGAAGUUGAAAAACUAUUAGAACAGAUAAUUAAAGGUACAAAAUGCUUGGGAAUGGAGUUGUUGGAAUCCUCUCAGAGUCUGUCAACAAGUGGGAAAGAAGGGUGCCUCUGACUCCAUCACACUGCGCACGGCUUCUUCACAGUGGCAGGGAUAAAACUGGGGUAGCUCGCAUAAUUGUGCAGCCAUCCACUAAGCGAAUCCAUCAUGAUGCAAUGUAUGAGGAUGUUGGCUGUGAAAUAUCGGAGGACUUGUCUGAGUGUGGUCUCAUUCUGGGCAUUAAACAACCGAAGCUGGAGAUGAUUCUUCCUGAUAGAGCGUAUGCCUUCUUUUCCCAUACUCACAAGGCACAAAAAGAAAACAUGCCUUUACUUGAUAAGAUCCUUGCUGAAAGGGUGUCGUUGUAUGACUACGAACUUAUCGUUGGGGACCAUGGGAAAAGGUUGCUUGCUUUUGGAAAAUAUGCUGGCAGAGCAGGACUCGUUGAUUUCUUGCAUGGGUUGGGACAGCGGUAUCUGAGCCUUGGGUAUUCGACGCCAUUCCUCUCAUUGGGUUCAUCUUACAUGUAUUCUUCCUUGGCUGCUGCCAAAGCUGCAGUAAUUUCUGUGGCUGAAGAGAUAUCAACUCUGGGAUUGCCAUCAGGAAUCUGCCCAUUAGUUUUCGUAUUCACUGCUUCAGGAAAUGUUUCACAAGGCGCACAAGAGAUUUUUAAGCUUCUGCCUCAUACUUUUGUUGAUCCAAGCAGACUUCCGGAACUAUUUGCGCAAGCCAAGGAUCACAGUCCACCUUCAAGAACAUUAAAGAGAGUAUACCAAGUAUAUGGUUGUGUUGUGACUAGUCAAGACAUGGUCAAACACAUAGAUCCUUCCAAAACAUUUGAUAGAGCUGACUAUUAUGCACAUCCAGAACACUACAAACCUGUCUUCCAUGAAAAAAUAGCCCCAUAUGCAUCUAUUAUUGUGAAUUGCAUGUACUGGGAGAAAAGAUUUCCUCGGUUGUUGAGUACUCAGCAGCUUCAAGAUCUAACAAGUAAAGGGUGCCCACUUGUUGGAAUUGCUGAUAUAACUUGUGAUAUUGGAGGCUCUAUAGAGUUUAUUAACCAAACCACAUCAAUUGAUAGUCCAUUCUUCAGAUACGAUCCUUUAAAAGAUUCAUACCAUCAUGACAUGGACGGUAAUGGUGUGAUUUGUUCUUCUGUUGAUAUUCUUCCUACACAAUUUGCGAAGGAGGCUUCUCAACAUUUUGGAGACAUACUAUCCCAGUUUAUUGGCAGUCUGGCUUCUACAACUGACAUUAUCAAGCUACCUUCACAUCUAAGGAGAGCGUGCAUAGCCCAUGGAGGGGAAAUUACUCCAUUGUUUGAAUAUAUUCCGCGCAUGCGAAACUCUGAUACAGAAGAUAUGCCUGAAAAUUCUGCAAAUUCACACUCUAGCAAGAAGAAAUUCAACAUAUUGGUAUCUCUGAGUGGACACCUAUUUGAUCAGUUUUUAAUAAAUGAGGCUUUGGAUAUUAUUGAAAAUGCUGGUGGUUCUUUUCACUUGGUUAAGUGUCAAGUGGGUCAAAGUGCUAACGCUACCUCAUACUCAGAGCUUGAAGUUGGUGCAGAUGAUAGGGAAGUUCUGGAUCAAAUUAUUGAUUCUUUAACUUCUCUUGCUAAUUUAGAUGAGAAUCAAGGAGUUUUAGAUAAAGAAGCAAAUAAAAUUUCCUUGAAGAUUGGUAAAGUCCAAGAGAGUGGCAUUAAGAAGGGCUGUGAUAGAAAAUGGAAGGCUGCAGUUCUGAUUAUCGGUGCAGGUCGCGUCUGUCAUCCAGCUGCUGAGUUCUUAGCAUCAAUCGGAAACAUUUCAUCUCAUGAGUGGUAUAAAGCUUGCCUAGAUACUGAAUUUGAAGAGGAGAACGGUGUCCAAGUAAUUGUUUCAUCUCUCUACCUGAAGGAUGCUGAAGAGAUUAUCGAUGGAAUUCCCAAUGCAACAGCAGUUCAACUUGAUGUGAUGGAUCAUGAAAGUCUUUGCAAGUAUAUUUCACAGGUUGAGGUUGUUGUCAGCUUACUUCCCCCUAGUUGCCACAUUAUCAUAGCAGAUGCAUGCAUCAAGCUUAAAAAGCAUCUCGUCACUGCUAGCUAUGUUGAUGAUUCCAUGUCAGCACUAGAUGAAAGGGCAAAAGCAGCUGAUAUUACAAUUCUUGGUGAGAUGGGUUUGGACCCCGGAAUAGAUCACAUGCUGGCAAUGAAGAUGAUCAACCAGGCGCAUGUUCGGAAAGGCAUAAUAAAGUCUUUUACUUCUUACUGUGGGGCACUUCCAUCUCCUGCCGCUGCGAAUAAUCCGCUAGCAUAUAAGUUCAGUUGGAGUCCUGCUGGAGCCAUCCGAAGUGGGCGCAAUCCUGCCAUCUAUAAAUCUCAUGGUGAAAUUGUACAUGUUGAUGGUGAUAGUCUUUAUGAUUCAGCUGUCAAAGUUCGGAUACCUGAUCUUCCAGCUUUUGCAUUAGAAUGUCUUCCAAAUCGUAACUCUUUGGUUUAUGGCAAAGUUUAUGGAAUACAAGAUGAGGCAUCAACCAUCUUUCGUGGAACCCUCCGUUAUGAAGGCUUUGGGGAAAUAAUGGGCACACUUGCAAGAAUUGGUCUCUUUAAUACUGAAUCUCAUCCAGUUCUUAGAUGUGAACAAAGACCGACAUUCAAAACAUUCCUUUGUGAACUACUCAAAUUUGAUGGUCAAAAUCUGGAUGGAGUUCUGUUAGGAGAACAGGAGAUAACUGAAAAGAUUGUCACACUUGGACAUUGCAAGGAAAAGGGGACUGCAGUAAAAGCAGCCAAAACUAUAAUAUUUUUGGGAUUUCAUGAAGAGACAGAAAUCCCUGCCUCCUGCCAAAGUGCAUUUGAUGUUACCUGUUUCCGUAUGGAAGAAAGGUUGGUGUAUUCCAGUGCAGAACAGGAUAUGGUGCUCUUGCAUCAUGAAAUUGAGGUAGAAUUCCCUGAUGGCCAACAUAAUGAGUAUCAUAGAGGCACUUUAUUGGAAUUUGGGACAACAAAGAAUGGGAAAACUAUUACAUCAAUGGCUCUUACCGUUGGUAUUCCAGCAGCCAUUGGUGCUCUGCUCUUACUAGAGAACAAGAUCAAGACAAGGGGUGUUCUAAGGCCUAUUGAACCUGAAGUAUAUGUGCCAGCCCUGGAUAUUUUACAAGCUCUUGGCAUUAAGUUGAUAGAGAAGAUCGAUUGACCUCGCGCUCAUUCUUCACAUAAAAAAUCUACACAAGUCUCAAACAAUGACCAGUCCUCAAGCCUGGAAUAGAUAAUUAAAGAGAUUGGGAAGCCAUUGCAUGUUGGCAUGAGCCAUGCAACACCUAUCUAUAUAUAUAAAUUUAUAUGUACCUGUGUUUUUUUUCCCCGUAUAGCUGUGGUUUGUUCAUUGUCCAUGUCUUAAGAUACAACGACUUUGUGAAUAAUGGAAUGGUAAGGCUUCUACUUUAAUAGCAUUCCAUUGUUACACAUUAUUCCAAUAAAAAUGAGGCGAGAUUUGUAAA